CAACAUUUUAAGCUUCUGUGAAAGGAAAAUAUUUAGUAGCAUCAACCUUCACAUCCUUCAUCAAUUUAGUGGUCUACGAUCAAGUAAGAUGUCUGCGCCCAAGGAAAUGAAAAGUUUGAAUGGUGUUGUGUGUACAGUAUACUGUAAUAUGGAAGGAAGAUAACCUGGAGUAUGGCAAGCUUUAAAAGGAAAAUGAAGAAGCCUGAUAAAAUCUACAUGUUUGAUGACUCUGACUUGUCAGAAUGUUUGACUAGAAGUGACAGUUUGAGUUCUCAGCCUCAUGUGCCAGCUGUGCCAUCAUCAAAGGUACUACCAAGGACAGUGCCCAAUCACCUGUUGCUAGUGUCCAUCCUAGAACAGUUAUGUCACAUGUAUGCCAGAGAUACAAAACAAGCUCAAGAUAUUUUCAUUUCAAUCAGUGAACAGUUGACCAAGUUGAAUGUUGUAUCACCAUUAUUGAUGUUAGAUGAAAUGAGUAGUCUUAGAGAGCAGUAUAGACAUAGUGUACAUAGGAUGUUGCUGGCUGCUGUACACAAAUCUAACAAGGGUCUCACAGGAAAACUAUUAUUACCUGCUCCAAAUGGCUUCAGUGACACAAACCUUCCUGCUCUACAAAACAAUAUACCCCGGCAUCCAUCCAGCAGUAGUUGUGAUCUCAUUAACCAGACAUCCAGGUAUUGUACAGAGUUUGUAGAGGUGGAGAAGAUUGGUAAAGGAGGAUUUGGAGCUGUUUAUAAGAGUAGAAAUAAGCUGGAUGGGAAGAUGUAUGCUGUAAAGAAGGUGAAGUUUAAACACUCAAAACCUGAAGUUUGGUUCAGAGUACUGCGUGAAGUGAAAGCAUUGGCAAGUUUACAACACACUAACAUCGUGGGAUAUAAUGCUGCCUGGUUAGAAUAUGGGACAGCUCCUUUACCAAAACCAUCCUCUGGUUCAAGUUUACACGAUAUAUCAGCUGACUCUGACAAUCAUUCCGACUCAGAGAAUGAUACUGGUGUUAUAUUCAGAGAUUCUUGUGACGGAGAUUACUCUCGAGACUUUCUCCAGCCUUUCCACGACUACAGGUUCGGCUCUGGACCAAAGAUAAAGGAAAUAGCUUCCAAUAACUCGAGUCUGGCAUCUUCCCCACAGAACAUGCCCCCUUCUCCUCCUAAAUCAUUUACAUUUCAUAAAAAUAAAAGUUUGAAUGAUAUGUUAGAAUACCAAGGAAAUAAUACAUUUUUCGGGAACAACUUCAAGCUUGACACUUCAUCCUAUAAGAAGGAAACAGCUACGGUAGAAUCUCGUGCUUUGUCAUUGUUACCUGGAAAAUUUGGAAAUGUGAAAACAACGCAGACCAAGGUAAAGUUUACUCUGGACACUAGUACUGUAGAAUCUGGUAGGCAACAAGAUGAGAUAGAUGGCAGCAUGUACAAUCGUGGAGAUGGGAGAAAGUCACAGAGGGUUUAUAAAAGAAGUAUUAGCUGUGAUCCUGUGGCCUCUGGAGAAUUGCUCCUGCCGUUAGAAGACAGCAGUAAUCUGUUCCAGUUUGUAGAGACCGAGUUUCCACUGCAGAAAACAGUGACAUUAUACAUCCAAAUGGAGCUUUGCAGCCUAACAUUGAAAGAAUGGAUGCAAAAUAGAAAUGAGACAUGUCGUGGUCAGAAAGACCUAAUCCCUUAUACUGAGAGGAACAUGAUAAUAUUUGGCCAAAUUUUGAAAGCUGUGGAAUAUAUACACUCACAAGGUGUUAUCCAUAGGGACUUAAAACCUAGAAAUAUAUUCCUACAAGAAGAAGGACUUCAUGUGAAAGUUGGGGACUUUGGUUUAGCAACUGAUGACGUUGUAACUAGUCCAGUCAAUGACACUUCUUUCAGUACUCUCAAUUUAGCGACGUCUCGACUUGUCCGCACCGGAAGUAUUCUAUCUGAUCAUACAUCUGGGGUUGGCACAUCUACUUACGCUGCACCGGAACAGCUCAAAGGUUCUGGUUAUAAUACAAAAUGUGAUAUUUAUAGUUUAGGGGUAAUAUUGUUUGAAUUAUUUCAAAGUUACGGGACAGAGAUGGAGAGGUAUAGGAGUUUAAGUGACUUAAGGAAAGGUAUAAUUCCAGAUGAAGUGUUCCAAAACUGGCCUGUACAGACCAGAUAUAUAGAACUCAUGACCAGUGAAAACCCAGAAGUCCGACCAUCUACCAAAUCUAUGCUUAGUGGCGAACUUUUCUUGACAAAGGAGCAAGUGAUUGAUGAUAUGAGAAUAGAAAUUGAUCGUCUCAGGAAGCAGCUGGUGGAGAAAGAUAAAAUGAUAGCCGAGAAGGACAGUACUAUAGCUAAAUUACUGGUUGAACUUAAUGAUAAUAGUUUCCUUGCUGGCACCAGUGUCUGACAUAGUAACUUACAUUCAUAAGAACUGAAGCUGAAACCAGAGAUCUGAAUAGAUGAUGAUUUCAUUUUUUUUACAUGGUCAAGGCUCAAGCAUUGCUGAUUAGAUUUUUUAUGUCUGAAAUUUUAGUUUAACAAAAUGAAUGAAAAUUAUUUCAUGUAAAUUUGCACUUUAUCUGGUGUAAGCACUGAAAUAUUUGAUGUAAAUUUACACUUUAUCUGGUGUAAGCAUUGAAAUAUUUUAUAUAAAUUUACACUUUAUCUGGUGUAAGCACUGAAAUAUUUUGUGUUAAUUUACACUUUAUCUGGUGUACUGGUAUAACCAUUGAAAUAUUUUGUGUAAAUUUGCACUUUAUCUGGUGUAAGCAUUGAAAUAUUUUGGUAAAUUUACUCUUUAUCUGGUGUAAGCACUGAAAUAGUUUGUGUAAAUUUACACUUUAUCUGGUGUAAGGGAGCUACUGCCAUAGGGGAAUAUGCCAUAGCAAAAUAUUGCCAUUGAAAUACUGGGAAAUAGAGAUUCAAAUUGUCUUACCGAAAAACAGACACAAUUAUAUCAUUUAUUAUGACCAUGAUUAUUGUUUGACUAUUGAGUAUGCAUUAUUAUGAUGUUAUAAUCUUUCUCCAAAAAUCUAUUGGCAAAAUAGGUUUGGAGAUUUUCUUGACUUUUGGCAGCUGAAAAAUCAAUUCCAAUUUAUUUUGGCUCAGAGCUGGGCAUUAUAUACUCAAAGCUGAGCUUUUAUGAUAGACUGAUGUCUGUCUUAUAUCUUUUUUAAUGUCUUUCUAUACAUUUAUAUAGGAACACUUUUGUUAAAAACUAAAUGUACAAUGCCUAUAGCAUAGAUGUGUUGCAUGUAGCAUUGCAUAGUACUCUUGUAAAUAAGUUGUAUAAAUCAAGCUCCUUUGGUACAAAUUGGCCCUGCCUUACUUUUUGUCAUAGACUUACCUAGGAAAACACAUUUAUAUCUUCUAAUUUGAAACUUCCUAGCCUAGACCUUAGAUACCUGCAUGUAACAUUGUUUACUGGACCUCUGCAAAAGGUUAAUAAAUCAAAACAGGCCUGAUCCCAAUAUAACCCAAUGGCCUACUUCUUCAUUUAAUAAUUGUGAUCUUUUCUAGCAAUGGCUCUCAGGUGAGACAUCUAGGGUGAUCGUCCUUAUAUGUCAUUUUGUAACAAAAUUUCCUAAACUUUUUUUAUUUAUAAAAUAUCAUGCAUUUUAUGUCAAUCAAAAUUAAUGUAUAUUUUUUCACAAGUGCUGAUAUUUUUCUUUUACAUGUAAAUGGUGAUAGUUGUAUCAUUUAUUUGCAUUUUCAUUAUUUUUUUCUAUGAAAUCCUUCUGACAGUGUAGCUCAAAAGAACCAAAGAGUCUCAAUAAAAUUAUAUCAUUUUGAAUGGCCAUAUAUGAUGAAAAUAGAUAAACUGUUUAUACAUUUUGUUAUCAAUUGUUAUAUGGAUCAAUUAAUUAUUGUGUGAAAUAUUAAGAAUUUAAGUGAUUUUUUUUAACAAAUGUUGCAGCUCACAUAAAUCAUGUAAAUGAUGUUGGCAACUUUUGUAUAGUGCUGUUUAAGUUAAUGUGUUCAUGGAAAAAUAAUGCAAUGGGACAAUUUUAGUGAAAGAUUAUAAAUUGGCAAAUUUUUAUUAUUAAAGCGACUCCAUUAAGCUUUUUUUACAUGACAGAACUGAAAAUAAUAGAAGUUUGUUUUUUGUUUCUCUCAAAUUGAAAUUUGUAUAUUGGCCAGUUCUCAAGUGUAAUGUUUAUUCUGAAGAAGGACUUGAUGCAAUCAUGAGUCUUCUUUUAUUUGAAGUUGUUGAGAUUUUUCUGUUGAGAUUUUUUAAGGAUGAUUGUAUAGAAUGAUGUGUUCACCUUGUCAAACAUCUUACUAUGUAUAUAAGGUUGUAUAUACAUGUAUAGUUUUCCAUUUUUCAUUCCCAUUAAUUGGUCAUUGAAUUCAUACUACUUUUUCUCUUAAUAAUUUAUGAAUGUAUUUUUAUCUUUGUUAUUUACUGUUUAAUUUUGGUUUGAAGUAAAAAUGAGGACUUUGAGAA